UCACGAGGUAAUAUUCAGCUGAAGACACAGUCUUACAAUGACAUACUGUAGAUAAAUUUAGUAAAGAGCUGUUUAAAAAAAGCAAAUGGCUCUCAUUAUAUAAUUUAAACCACAUACAACACUGCAUAGAUGUGAUCAAUGGUGGUGUUCUGAUUCUCCAUAACUUAUAUUCUUUGAGUGUCUGUCUGAGACUGACAUCUAGUGGAUGUUUUACGAUCUGUGACUUUAUGGACUUGCAGACAUUUGUACAUGUCACUCAAACACAGAACCAGGACACAGGAUCACAUGAGUUCACGGAAAGAGAAACUGAAGUGUAGUUGAGCUGUUGUGUGUUUGUGUCUCUGUGUUCAUGCUGUAAAAUGGCAGAAGCCAGAAUAUCUCAGGAUGAGUUCAUGUGUUCAGUGUGUCUGGAUCUCCUGAAGGAUCCAGUGACCAUUCCCUGUGGACACAGUUACUGUAAGAGCUGUAUUACAGACUGCUGGGAUCAGGAGGAUCAGAUGAGAGUCUACAGCUGUCCUCAGUGCAGACAGACCUUCAGUCCAAGACCUGCUUUAGCUAAAAACACCAUUCUGGCUGAAAUGGUGGAGAAACUGAAGAAGAUUAAACUUCCUGCUGACUGUUACGCUGGAGCUGGAGACGUGCAGUGUGACGUCUGUACUGGAAGAAAACACAAAGCCGUCAAGUCCUGUCUGGUGUGUCUGAACUCUUACUGUCAGAAUCACCUUGAACAACAUGAGAGUUUGUUUAAAGGAAAGAGACACAAUCUGACUGAAGCCACUGGACGACUGCAGGAGAUGAUCUGCCAAACACAUGAUAAACUCCUUGAGGUUUUCUGCCGCACUGAUCAGAAGUGUAUAUGUGUGCUGUGUACGAUGGAUGAACAUAAAAACCACGACACUGUAUCAGCUGCAGCACAGAGGACAGAGAAACAGAAGCAGCUGAAGGAGACGCAGAGGUGGUUCCAGCAGAGGAUCCAGCAGAGAGAGAAAGAUCUUCAGCAGCUGAGAGAGGCUGUGGAGUCUCAUAAGCACUCUGCACAGACAGCAGUGGAGGACAGUGAGAGGAUCUUCACUGAGCACGCUGAGCUGGAGCAGCUUUCACACACACAGGAUCACAUCCAUUUCCUGCAGGCAAUGGUCCUGGCAGUUAUUGCUGAGCACUCUCUACCUCUGACAAUAGCACCUGUGUUGGUGGAGUUAAGCCAGUGUCUAGCUGCAGACAAGGCAGCCCUUAGCCAAAUUAAACUCUCCCGCACUGCAGCUUCUUAUAAAAUGGUGUAUGGUAUGGGCCAUACAUUUGCGGAGAGAACUUUCUCCAACUUACGACAAUACACCUUCUCUCUGAAUGUGGAUGAGAGUACCUCCAGCAGUAAUAAGAAGGUCCUUUCUAUGUUGGUCAGCUACUUCAACAAAGAGCUCAAUGAUGUUGUGGUUGAACACCUGGGCUCCCUUGAAGUUGCGAAAGUCAGUUCAGCUAGUUUGGAGAGGGUGAUGUGUGACUUUUUUCAGAAAAAGAACAUUCCUUGGUCGAACCUAAUUAGCAUAAUGCUAGACUCAUGCAACGUGAUGCGCGGGAGCAAAUCAGGGCUGGAGACAAGGAUACGAGAGAGGCAUUGUUCCACUCUGCUCAAUGUGGAUGGUGACUCUUGCCAUCACAUCCACAACUCUGCAAAGAGAUUUGCUGAACCUUUUGAAAACUACUACAUCCACACAGACCAUCAAUGGGCACCAGAUCAGUUGGGGUACCUGAAAGAAAUAGCAGAGUUCCUGGACAUACCUGCCACAAAUCCCCAGCGAUUUGUCUCCCAUCGUUGGUUGUCAGCUUAUGACGUAGGGAUCAAUACUAAAAGAAUGUUACCUGUGUUCAGAGUGCUCUACUUUGGAUUUAUGGGAAAGCAGGACCAAGAACUGUAUAAAGAAAUAUUACAGGACCUGUACAGAGACCUUGGUGUGAGUGAAAAGGCUCAACGAAGGGUUGAAUUUAUUCACCAGGAUCUCUGCAAGAAGGGAAUGACUGAUUUGGGGAAGAAAAGGAAGGCCCGAAUUGUAAAGAAGAUUUGGGUGGAAAACCAAAAAGUGAACCUUAUUCUUAGUGUGUACCUUGGUGUCCUCCCAAUUUUGAAGGAAUACGUGAUGGUCUUUCAAGGAAGUAAAACCUUGGUUCACAAGCUUCAUGACAAGCAACUUGAAGUGUUCAUCAACUUUCUUGCCUGCUUCAUCAAGCCUGAGCAUCUGAAGAUGUCGCCAAAGAAAUUGCUAGAAUUGGACUUGGCCAAUAACACACUUCACUCCCAGAUUUACGUUGGGAAAGUCGCAGAAGACCUGAUUGCAGCCCAUCCAAAGCAUCCGAUAAUCAUGGAUUUUAUUGGGAAGGUGACCAAGGCAUACACAGCUUGUGGCAAGUACAUGCAGAACAAACUACCUCUCAAAAGUAAGACCCUACAGGCCUUGUCCUCUAUUGAUCCUGUGGUGAGGGGCCAUUCCCAGGCUGUUACUCAGCUGAAGGAGUUGGCUAGGAUCAUGAAACAUUUAGUGCCCCUAGAGAGUGACAUCACCCAGGAGAUCAUUAGGUACAAUGUGGACCCCAACCUGGCCAAGUAUGAAGAUGGAGAUGACAUUGUGAAGUGGUGGGCCCAUGUCAUGAGUUUGGGGAAGUAUCCAGCUCUCAGCCAGGUUAUCAGAGGGGCCCUCUCCAUCUUCCAUGGACCACUGGUAGAGUCCUCCUUUAGUCUCAUGGGAGAUGUGAUUGAUGCUAAAAGAUCUAGCAUGAAGAUCUCCACCUUUGAUGCAGUGCAGACUGUCAAAUAUGUGCUGAGGUCAAGGGGCAAGACUGGCAUUGGCAUGUUCAAAAGAGAUGACAUCAAACUGGGGCCAGUUGUUAAAACUCUCUGCCAGAACAUUAGGGUUGCAGGGAGAAGGGACAAGACCGACAGAGAGAAGAGGAUGGAGGCAAAGCAGAAGAGGCAGGUGGAGUAUGGCUGCAGUGCUACAUGUGAAAGUGCAGAGAAGGCCAAGACCACUGCUCUGGCCGAAGAGAGGCAGACACGUCUCAAACAUGUUGAUAAGAAAAUUAAUGCAGCCAGACGCAAGGCCCUGGAUACGUUGCAGGAGGUGGCCAGGAAGAAGAGGAAGUUGGAGUAA